AUGGACUCUGAACACAUUGUAAAAAUCUUUGGAAGUUAUGUUGUGAGACAGAGUUUGUGGAUUGUAAUGGAAUUAUUGGUGGGUGGAAGUGUUGCUGAUUUAUUAAAACCUGGUAUUAUUGAUGAGCAGCAUAUUGCUGUGAUUUUGAGGGAAACUUUAAAGGCACUCGAAUAUUUGCACAAUGAACAUAAAAUGCAUCGUGAUAUGAAAGCUGCAAAUAUUCUAAUUGGUGAAAAUGGAGAAGUUAAAUUGGCAGAUUUUGGUGUUGUUGGAGUGUUAUCGAAUGGAGGGGCUACUGAUGAACAGAAACGUUACACUUUGGUUGGAACUCCUUAUUGGAUGGCUCCAGAAGUGAUUAAACAAGAAGGUUCGGAUCAAAAAGCAGAUAUUUGGUCAUUGGGAAUAACAGCUAUUGAAAUGGCUAAAGGAGCUCCACCCUAUUCACACAUGGCACCUAAUUAUGCAAUCUUUUUAAUUCCAAAGAAUGAACCUCCAUCACUUGAGGACACUAAAUUCUCAAAGCCAUUCAAGGAAUUUAUCACUUGUUGUCUACAGAAAAAUCCACAAGAUAGAUUACCAGCAAGUGAAUUACUGAAACUUAAAUUUAUUAGAUCAGCAAAGAAGAAUUCAAUUCUUGUUGAUUUGAUUCAGAGAAAAUCAGCAUGGGAUGAAAGUAGAAAGAAACCACCAAAUUUUGGUGCUACUAAAAGGAGAAAUAUUGAUUCAGAUACUGAAUCUGAUACAUCAUUGGAUGAUAUUUCAGAUGAAGAUGAAUCUCAACACACAACAAAGAAAAAGAAUGGUCAAGGAUUUUGGCAAUUUGAUUCUGAUACUGAUUCAGCAUCUUCAAAUAACCAAACUGUCAGAUUGACACCUUCCAAAAACAAUGCUAACCAAACAAGUUUGAAAAAUAUCACUCCACUUAGCAGUAGUACUACUGUUACACCAGGUACAGGCGUAGAGAUUUCAAGUGUCUCUUCAGUGAGUACAAUUAACAAUACACCUUCAACCAGAAGAGAACAAUCUCAAUCCCAAGAUUCAAUCGAAUUUGUGAAAAGUGAUGAUGAAUAUGACUCUUCAACUCUGAAAAGAAAAACUGUUGUUCUCAGAAAGGAUUUACAAAAUAAUUUGGAACAAGUUUCACCCAAUGUAGAUACAAUCAAAAGAGGAGGUUUACCAAAUAUAAUGGCAGACCUUGUUGGACAAACACCUGUACAGACUAAAAACAUUUUAGAGGAUAUUAUCAUUCCAUCUCUGAAAGAAUCAACUUCAAAGAUUCAUUUAAACACAAUUGUGGAUGAGCUCAUUAAGGUAGAGAAGAAGGAUCCACUCUUUUCGAAAAAUCUCCUUUCUGCACUCAUGUCAAGAGUAAAUACCAGAAAUGAUUCUCCAUAUAUUAAUUCUAACAGAUCCUCUCUAUCAACAACCACAACUCCUGAAAGAUUCUCAUUGGCUUACCCAGAAGGAUUGGAUUCGAGUCCAAAUGCUCUACUCAACAGCCAAAAAGAAAGUGCCAUUGGAAAGAAUUUAAUGCAAAGAUGGAAAAUUAAAAUUAAAACCUUAGAAUAAAAAAAAUCUUUCACGAUAUUUG